AUGGCGCCCGCUGUCGGUAUCGAUCUGGGCACGACCUACUCCUGUGUCGGUGUCUUCCGUGAUGACAGAAUCGAGAUCAUUGCAAAUGACCAGGGUAACCGCACAACCCCCUCGUUCGUGGCCUUCACGGACACCGAGCGUCUCAUUGGAGAUGCCGCCAAGAACCAGGUCGCCAUGAACCCUCAGAACACCGUCUUCGACGCCAAGCGAUUGAUCGGCCGCAAGUUCUCUGACUCUGAGGUGCAAGCGGAUAUGAAGCACUUCCCCUUCAAGGUCAUCGAGCGUGGCGGCAAGCCCGUCAUCGAGGUCGAGUUCAAGGGCGAGAACAAGCAGUUCACUCCCGAGGAGAUUUCCUCCAUGGUCCUGACCAAGAUGAGAGAGACUGCUGAGGCCUACCUGGGUGGUACUGUCAAUAACGCUGUCGUUACUGUCCCCGCCUACUUCAACGACUCUCAGCGUCAGGCUACCAAGGAUGCUGGUCUCAUCGCCGGCCUGAACGUCCUCCGUAUCAUCAACGAGCCCACUGCUGCGGCCAUUGCCUACGGUCUCGACAAGAAGGUCGAGGGUGAGCGCAACGUCCUCAUCUUCGAUCUUGGUGGUGGUACUUUCGAUGUUUCUCUCCUGACUAUCGAGGAGGGUAUCUUCGAGGUCAAGUCUACCGCCGGAGACACUCACUUGGGUGGUGAGGACUUCGACAAUCGUCUUGUUAACCAUUUCGUAAACGAAUUCAAGAGAAAGCAUAAGAAAGAUCUUUCUAGCAAUGCUCGUGCUCUGCGUCGUCUUCGCACUGCUUGCGAGCGUGCCAAGCGUACUCUGUCUUCGUCUGCCCAGACCUCCAUCGAGAUCGACUCUCUCUUCGAGGGUAUUGACUUCUACACCUCCAUCACCCGUGCUCGUUUCGAGGAGCUCUGCCAGGAUCUCUUCCGAUCCACUCUGCAGCCCGUCGACCGCGUCCUCACCGAUGCUAAGAUCGACAAGUCUCAGGUCCACGAGAUCGUUCUCGUCGGUGGCUCUACCCGUAUCCCCCGCAUCCAGAAGCUCAUUACCGACUACUUCAACGGCAAGGAGCCCAACAAGUCCAUCAACCCCGAUGAGGCUGUUGCCUACGGUGCUGCUGUCCAGGCUGCUAUCCUGUCUGGCGACACCAGCUCCAAGUCCACCAACGAGAUCCUGCUGCUCGAUGUGGCUCCUCUCUCCAUCGGUAUCGAGACUGCUGGCGGUAUGAUGACCAAGCUCAUCCCCCGCAACACCACCAUUCCUACUAAGAAGUCCGAGGUGUUCUCCACCUUCUCCGACAACCAGCCUGGUGUGCUUAUCCAGGUCUACGAGGGUGAGCGUCAACGCACCAAGGACAACAACCUGCUCGGCAAGUUCGAGCUGACUGGCAUCCCGCCUGCUCCCCGUGGUGUCCCCCAGAUUGAGGUCACCUUCGAUGUUGAUGCCAACGGUAUCAUCAACGUCAGCGCCCUCGAGAAGGGUACUGGCAAGACCAACCAGAUCGUCAUCACCAAUGACAAGGGCCGUCUUUCCAAGGAGGACAUUGAGCGCAUGCUUGCUGAGGCCGAGAAGUUCAAGGAGGAGGAUGAGGCUGAGGGCCGCCGUGUUGCUGCCAAGAACGGCCUUGAGUCAUAUGCCUACUCUCUUCGCAACACUCUCAGCGACUCCAAGGUCGAUGAGAAGCUCGAUGCCUCCGACAAGGAGACUCUCAAGACUGAGAUCGACAAGAUUGUUGCCUGGCUCGAUGAGAACCAGCAGGCUACUCGUGAGGAGUACGAGGAGCACCAGAAGGAGCUUGAGGGUGUUGCCAACCCCAUCAUGAUGAAGUUCUACGGUGCUGGUGGCGCUGGCGGUAUGCCCGGUGGCAUGCCCGGCGGUGCUCCUGGUGGCUUCCCUGGCGCGGGUGGCCCCGGUGGUGCUGCUCCUCACGAUGACGGCCCCACCGUUGAGGAGGUCGACUAA